GUUUUGUUUUUAUUUAUUUUUCUCUUUCUUUUCUCGAGAAAGAGAGGCCAACAUAGAAGAAAGGAGGCUUCUUCCUUCAUUUUUUUGGUGUUGUUGAGGCCUAAUAAUUUAUUCCUUUUGUUUUCUUACUGCAGAUUGUUAGAUCGAUCGGCUCUCUUUUCUUAGGUGUAGUGCAUAUUGCUGUUUGUGUUGGAAUUUUCUUCAGUCUUUUACCUAUAAUUUAUAAGGGACAUUGACAUUAGCCCUAAUGCAAGGGCAGAGAAGUAUCAUUGGCUCCUUGCCAGAAACCCUGGACUUUGACCAUGGAUCCACAUCUGGUAAUGCGAUCAUAGAUCAGCAAAUUUGCUUGAGUAACAUGCGAAAUCCAGCGGAAAACCGAUUGACGGAGUUUAUGCUAUCACCUAGUCACAUGAACAAUCCAUAUGCGAAUUCUAUUGAUCAAGAACGGCAAAAUUUGAGUGGCUGGAGCUUAGGUGAACCCAGUUCCAGUGGGCAACAAAACCAGGCAAGUCAUGAUGAUCGGAAACUGGAACAUGGAUGGUCAUCUUCCGCGAGUAGCUCUGCUGGAGCUGGUCCAAGGUUAGAAGAAAGGCGAUAUGAACCAACAAAUAUUCUUUCACUAAACAGGGUAAAUGUGAACCCACAAUAUGAGCGGAUUUCCAAUUCGGAUGCAAUUCCACAGAAUAUCAACUUGAAUGCUGGUUUUGUUGGUCAUGGGGGUGAUAAUUGUCAAGUAAUGGAUGCCUCUGCUAUUUACAAGCCUAUUGGGCCAGAAAGUGAGCGGAACUCACCUACUAGUGGUCCAGAUAAUUUCUUGCGUCCUGGAAAUGGGGGAUACUUAGUGGAACAGAAUGAUGGAAGACCAGGUUGUUCAUUGGAUGGUCGCCGACAAUCCUGCAAAAGAAAGGCUGUUGAGGGGAAUAUUGGCCAGUCAUCUGUGGCUGGAAGUUCUAGCUUCUAUCAGCGGUCAGAGAGUAAUCCAUGGCCUGGGGUUCCCACUCGAUAUGAUGCAGGCAGCAGUUUAAGUAUAUCUGCUCCAUCGGAACAAGUGAACCCCAGACUUGGACUUGGAGUGAGAGGACUAGCUUGUGAUGCUAUCCCAGAAUCAGCAGUUGCUGAACGUGCAGAAAGCUCCCAUAGAAAUUUCCGUUUGAGGAUCAAUUCUUCAAAUCAAGAAUCUUCUCCCCCCUCUUUAUUUUCUACAGGAAGCACCGUAAGGCGUUCCAGUUUAUCAUCCUCCCACCGGUCAUCAAGAACUCUUCCGAUUGAUCAUUCGUUGGACUUCAGGUCAUCAUCCGCCAUGGAUAGUAUAACUCAAAAUCAGCCAGUUAUCCCAGCUCCAGCUUUGCCACAGAAUGUGCAAUCAUUUAGAUGGAAUGAAAGCUCAAGCUCGAGAACCGGUACUUCAUCAAGUUCCAUUAGCUUGGAUGAUAGAGACGAACCCAAUGCAAGAAACAUAACAAGACACAUAUGGGAACAUCCUAUAUUUGCUCCUGCAACUGAGUUGAGAACUUCAGUUAGGAAUCCAGCCAAUAGAAGCUUAACCAGUGGACAGGUAAGUGGACCUGGAAAUGUUGGUUCUACAUCUCGGACUGGUGCAAGUCCAGGUAUCCACCCUCUAUCUGCCCCAACCUGGGGUCCUCAUACCAAUCCUCCUUCAAGAAAUUCACGAAGACUAGCUGAGUAUGCUCGUCGAUCAUUGUUUUCCUCUUCUGCUGCUGCUGCUGCUGAUACUGGAGGCCAGAGCAGUACUCAUUCCCCUUUCCAUUCUGGUGCUUCCAGCUCAGAAGAUACAGUGCCUUCAUCUGGAGCUGGUAACCAGGGUCUUCAUCGACCACAUCCAAGAUCAGCAUCAUGGUUGGAGAGACAAGGUGAUGGUGUACUGGGAAUUCCUUAUCCUCUGCGGGCUUUGUCCAGUGAAGGAAGAAGCAGGCUUGUUGUCUCCGAGGUUUUCACUAACUGUCCCCUCUCAUUCUCAAUCACUACCAUCCACCACUGUCAGUUGGCAGCCACCAUCACUGGUCGCCAUUGGUUAGUUGAUGGCCAUCUGCUGGUUGGCAAUGGUAUCCGCUGUGGUGGAUUGCCAACUGGUCAGAGUUUGGCUGGUAAGAGGUCGAUGAUUCGCAAUGUCUUGGAUCUCAUGCGUAGGGGUGAAAGCUUGCGAUUUGAGGAUGUUAUGAUUCUUGACCAAUCAGUUUUGCUUGGAGCAGCUGACAUGUAUGAUAGGCAUAGGGAUAUGCGGCUUGAUGUUGAUAACAUGUCUUAUGAGGAGUUGCUGGCUUUGGAAGAGCGCAUUGGGAAUGUCAGUACUGGAUUGAGCGAAGAAACUAUAGUAAACAACUUAAAACAGCAGAAAUACUCUGUUGCUGUUGGAGCGAAGGUGGAGGCUGAACCAUGCUGCAUUUGCCAGGAGGAAUACAAUGAUGGAGAAGAUCUUGGAACGCUGGACUGCGGACAUGAUUUCCACGUGGAGUGUGUUAAGCAGUGGCUGAUGCACAAGAAUUGGUGCCCCAUCUGCAAAACAACAGGACUUGCUACAUGAGAAAGGGUAAAGAUGUUAAGGCCAUUACACACGGUUGGUACACGGUUGUACGCUGAAAACGUGAGAGGCGUGGCCCUGGAAAUUAUCUCAUAUUUUGGUUACUGGAUGGUGAGCGCUGCCAUACACCACCUAUUCUGGUUGCCCUCAUUGUCUUGGCAAGUCAGGAGUCAUUUUUUCAAAAAAAGAAAAAACACAAAUAAAGAAAGAAAACAUAAAUGCUAGUGGAUGUUGCAACUGUCAAAAGAAGUGGGGACGCAGAAGUGGGAUUCCAAAUUUAUUUAUCAUUGAAAGUUGGUGGAUGCCGCAACUUUCAAAAGAAGUGGGAAUUGCAAAAACUGGUUUCAUACAUUUUAUUUAUCGUUGAACGAGUAGUUUUAUGAUAUCAAUUGAAUAUUCAACUGCCUUAUUUUUAUUUUAUUUUUCUGUUUCAAGUACUGACCUCUUAUAUUUGCAAUUCUGGAGUUUUUGGAGAAUU